AUUUCCAAAAUGUUACAAAGUUGAACAAUUAAAGCUUCUCUGAAUUAAAAUGAACACGGAAAUAUCUAUUCUUCUAAAUAUCAUAUGGAUUAAACCAGUUGUUUAUAAGUGACAUAAAAUUUAUAUGUUUGAUGACAUUUAGGCCUAAGUAUGAUAGAGAGCAGAUAUUUAGACUUCUGAAACACAGUAAAAUUUGGACGAAAUGAUUAAGUAAUAAAAACAACAUAGAGACUUGAGCAAGUCUAGAUCAUCUCCUAAGGUCCUGGGGGUUGGGCUUUUAACUAAAGAAAUGAGGUUGCGCCACACUUCUAUUUUCAAGCGGAUCCGCCCCUGUAAACAAUUUAUUUGACUGGAUGCGACCGGAAAUAGAAUGUCCAUACGUCUUGGAUUUAACCACAAUAUUUAGCUCGUGCAGGAUCUCCGUGCAGAACUUGUUGGAGUUGCAGUUGUAGUAGUUAUAGGGGAGCGUAUACAUAAUACAGUAUUAGGCAUACAUUCCAGACUACGAACUGGAGACAAGUGUGAGGACAACGCACUUUGAGUUAUGGAAAAACUUGGAUUUCAAGCUCGUGCCCCAAGGGGUGUCAAGUUGAGUAAACCACCUCCCAGGAAACUAAGCACAGGAGAGAUCUGUAAGGACGAACGGGAAAACAGUGAAAUCCAGGAACUAUCAAAACUAGUGCAGAAUAGCUCCACAGAACUGAAUAAUAAUUGUCUGGCUGAAGACUAUAGACUGACCACAGGGUCUGAUCCAGAUGGAUUGAACUUGUGUAGUGUCUGUGACCACUCUGAAGGAAUUGCAGUUGUGAAGAAGAGAUUACGAGCACCAAGGAUGGUGAAAUUGUCAAAACCCAGACCGUUGCGCCGCAUUGCUACUUCCAAAGAGACGGAUUCCAUAACUACAUGUAUAGAAGUGAAUAAUAACUUGGCCCAAAGUACAAAAUACACCUCGGAUUUCUUCCAUAUAGGAUCAUUAGAAGAGGCAGAAGAUAAGAUACUACAUGUAAUUGAGAAACUAGACUCUCUGGACCAGACAAGCACUGAGCUUUUUAAAGACACUCUGAUAAAGCAUGGACCAAAACUUGAGACAGAAAAUCCAGCCUUCAUCAGAAGCUGCUUAGCAUGUAUUGAGGAGUUUUUAAAAAGAGAUGGUGCUGAUGAUGGUGUUCGCUCUGUGUUGCAACAAACGUUAGAUCUGCAUCGACAAUCAAAAAGUCAACGCUCAGAGAAAUUGACCAUAAAUAAUAAGAAAGCAGUAGAGCAGAUAUUGGAAAUAAGGAAGAGAGUAUGGGCUACAAUACCUGAAGAAUUUCCUUUACAUGAUCAGGAUGAUCGAAGGAAUGAAACAGUGUCUGAUGCAACUAGGAUGCUGGAAAAUGGAGGUCAAACUAAGGAAAAGGAAGUUUGUCGAGCAAUUAGUGUUGACUCCGGGUAUGGGGACCUGGAUGAUACCGUCCUCUGGAACAGUGAGGAUUCGUUUAUUCAGGACCUUUAUGAGAAUUUGAAGACACAACAUGUUGAAAAUUUAGAACAAGAUGAUUUAGGGACAAAAGCAACCAGUGUGCUGUCAAACCAAACUCAAGAGAUAGAGUUGGGGAAGGAUAGCCAUGAAUUUCUGUCCAAACAUUUUGGACAACCUACACCAAAGGAAGACAAUCAGUCGCUGUAUUCCACAGAAUCGCACUGGAGUGAGACAGUAAGACAACAGAAUAAGAUCAGCGAGAUCUGUCAAGGCAUAAGUACAGAAUCGCACCGGAGUGAGACAGUAAGACAACAGAAUAAGAUCAGCGAGAUCUGUCAAGGCAUAAGUACAGAAUUCACCAAACUCAAAGACAAUGAAAUGAAAAGAUAUCACACAAGGACAGGGUUUGGAGUGAUUAAUGAUAGGACAGAUAAAUGGACAAGGGGACAAGAUGAGAAAUUCAGCCGAAGGACAAAUGAAAGUAGACUGUUUCCUACUUUAAAUGGUGCUGAUCAGGAUUCCUGGAGGAAACCUUCUGUUUGUCAUGGGUUUGGAAUCCCAGGCAGAAUUUCCACGGUGUCUGGGGAAGAUGGCAGUGACAACUCAACUGUUGUUCACCAGCGACCAAAACAUCUUAUUCACAAAGUGCAUUUUGAAGGUGGAAAUGCAAAGAUUGUAGUGGAGAGAAAUCCUUUAGGACCUGGAAGUGAUCCUUCACUUAUAGCUGAUGUGGAGAAGGGUCUCCCCAAAAGUAUUUACUCGGCCUCUGGAAGAAGAAGGAUGUUCAAGAAGUAUAAUACCGCUGUGUGUAUUGAGGAAUUAGCUCUGUGGAGGGAUAUUGUAGAUUCUGAUGACUUGGAGGAGGUGGAUCCAAUAGUGUACAGUCGUAAGGAAUUGUUGAAGUUGGCAGAUAAUCCUCUAUCCAAGCAAAAGCCAACAGAGGCAUCAUACCUGUGUAAACUGUUCCCAGAUGUCUGUCUUAACAAGGUUGAGAAAUAUUUCUCAAGUGCAGACUUGCAAGAGCCAUCUGAGUAUCUGUUUCGAGCAAGAAAGGAAAAAUAUGAAAUGAUGACCCACAAUUCAGAAAGACCAUUGCUUCCCAACACAAGUAAUGAAUUUUUAAGAAAUGGAUUUCAGAAAUUCAGAACAGAAAUUUGAUUUUGGAACCCAUAAGGAGUUCUGCUUUGAAUUUUCUUGAUGGUCCACAGAAAAGUUUGGAGACAAAAAAUCUGUAUUUGGAAGCAAUGUCCGGUAUUGCAAGAAAGACUUCUGUACUUUAACGUUAAUAACAGAUGGACAUACCACAUUGUAACUUCUCAAUUUGAUGCAGACAAAACAACUUGCAUGGAAUGGAUUGGGAAGACCUUUUGUGAUUUGAGUAUCCAAAGUGUGUGUAUAGAGCACAAUAUGGGACUUUAAGUAAGUUACAAUUUUGAAUUCCAUAUGAUCUAGACAUUUAACAGAUGAUUUCACACAAUUAACUACAUUGCGUGUAUAUACAUACUCAUGGAUUUAACGGUAGUUAGUGCCAAGUGAACUGUUGUUGAUUGGCCAAGCUACCAUUUUUAUCCACAACAAAAUGGGGAACCAUUCUGAUCAGUGACACCGUGGAACCAGUUUUUGAGCAGACAGGUGUAUCGUCUUUUGAGCCAUGUGUUUUACGCAUGUCUGUGUUUUACCCAUGUCUUUUAGUUUUAGUUCUAGUCAGACAGCAGAUAACAAUUUAGUUUGUGAGUGUCCUGAUCAGUUAGAUGCGGUGCACUUCUUUCCAGGCUACAUUAAUUUUUGACAGCCAUUCCCAAAAACCUUUACCAACAUAAAAAAAACACCACUCGGUAUAUUGUAUAUGGUUUUUAAUGGCAUGUAUAUGCAAACUUUCCCCAUUUGAUGAAGUUACAGGUAUUCAUGUAGAGUCACAAAUUCUCAUUACAUGUCAGCAUUUAUGCAUGUCUUCCAACAAUCCAACCCAAAAUUACAGCUUCAUUUGUUAUGAUACAAUGGUAAUCAUAUGUAUUUCAUUGAGACUUUUAUUUUAAUUUUGGUAACCAAACAUGAAAUCCAUAACUAGCCUUAAAACAUACUUUCCUAGUCUUUUAUUUACAUGUAGUGGUCUGAUAUUGUUAUUGGGAGGGAAAAAAAGCAGUUAAACUUAAAACUAGUCAAGUUGCAAUGUGUACAACAUUUUUUUUAAGUUUACAUUUGUUUUCCAUUCUAUAGCUGUUUUCAUAAAUGUUAACAGAUUCCAUUAAAAAAAUAUUCCAUGUGUUGUGAAAUGUUUUUAAGCAUUUUGUCUUGUUCUGUUUGUUAAAUUUGAUUACAUUCUUGUGAAGUUCACAUCCAUUUUAUAAUACUUCAUUGUGUGUAUUAUUAGCUCACCUGAGCUGAAAGCUCAAGUAGUAAGCUUUUCUGUCUGUCAUUUGUCCAUCCAUCUAUCUUCUGUCUGUCCAUAAACUUUUCAUAUUCUCAUCUUUUCCAGAACUACUGGGCCAAUAUGAUCAAAACUUAGUACAAAGCAUCUUUGGGUAAAGGGCUUUCAAGUUUGUCCAUUUCAGGAUCCAUGCUCCCUUGAAAGGGGAGAUAAUUAGUGAUUUGUUAAAAUAGGGUGGGAUAAUUAAAAAUCUUCUUAAGAACUGCUGAGUGCAAAUUCAAGAUUGUUGAAAUCAUUGCCCCAAAGAGAGUAGGGUGUGGCCACUGAAGGGGUCAAAGUUUUAAAUUGGGAUAUGUAGGAACACAUCUUUUAUAAAUCUUCUUCUCUAGAGCAGCAGGGCCUUGAUUAGUCUUAUUGAUAUGCAAGCAUCCUCAGGUAGUGCAGAUUAAUAUCAAUAUGCAAGCAUCCUCAGAUAAUGCAGAUUCAAGUUUUCUCAAAUCAUGGCCAUGGGGGAUAGGUUGGGGCCAACCAGGGGAACAAAGUAGUAUGUUAGAAUAUAUCUUUCUCUUGAACAGCAAGGCCAUGAUUACUUAUUAGCUCAACAGAACUAUAAGCUCAAGUAAACUUAUGUAAUCACCUAAUGUCUGGCGCAUCUGUCUAUCGGUGUGUUUGUCCAUCUGCCCGUGUCUAAGCUCUGCACAUUUUUUUUUUACUUCUCUAGAACCACUGCUAAUAUGAAAAGAAACUUGCCAUAUAGCAUCUAUGGGAAAGGGAUUUAAAGUUUUACAUGAGAAUAAAUCUUUUGACAAUCUUAUUCUCAGUGCAGCAGGGCCAGAAUUUGUCAUAUCAAUAUGCAAGGAUCCCCCUUCUCCAGUUAGUGCAGAUUCAAGUUUAUUCAUAGCAAUGCCCUGGGAGUAGGAUAUUGUGCCACAAUAUGGAUUCAAAAUUUUACAUGAGAAUGUAGGGAGGGAGUUUUUAAAAAUCUUUUUUUGAAAUAUGGACCAUGAGGUUAGGAUGGGGAUAAAAUUUUACAUGGUUCAUGAAUAUAGGGCAUCCGUGUUUUAUGGAUUUAAGUCAUGAUCCAGUUUGGCUUUGGUGAGGUUGUAAAUAUAUGGGUUCAAAAUUUUUCAUGUAAAUAAAGUGGGUAAAAAAAAUUUCAAUCUUGAUGAACAGAAAGACAAGGUUGACUCAGGUGAGCAGUGAGGUCCGUGGGUUUCUUGUUGAUUUAGGAAUCAAACUGUACUCAUGUCUUUUACCAACGUUUAGUAUUGUAUACAGUACACUACAUGUACUCACAUGUAACUCUGCUUACAAUGUUAGUAAUCAAUUUCAUCUUUAUUCUUUCAGAUUUAUAGUCAGAAUUGUUUUGUGUGCAUGUACUUAAGUUUUCAAUCUUCUGAUACAUGUUAAUACUUGUUCAAUAUAUAAUUCUGAAGUAUUGUGAUCAUCAUUAAGAUAUUUUUCUAAAUACAAAUUAAACUCUACUUUUUGCUGACAUAUCAUUUUGCAGACUGUUUAUUAAUUGCCAAAACAAAUUUUAUUUUGGAAAUAAAUGUACAAAUUCA